AUGCCUGAUCGGGUAACUCGCAGAUCCUUUCUUGCCAGUUCUCUUCAAGUUCUCAAAUGUGCAUUUAGAGGUCGUCGUAGCCGCUCAGGCAACAUGAACACCCAAGCCAGCCACAGCAACCGCAACCAGGACACUCUUAGCAAAAGCACGAUCAGCGAAUCGACCUGUCUUCAACCACCAAACACACCCCAGACAUCAAUAUCUACCACAGAAACCAGCUCAUCGGCAUCCACACCAACCAAGAAGCUCCGUUCUGUACGUGGAGAACGAAUCAGGCGAGCAGUGAUGCUACCUCCAGACACAACAGAUGCUGGAAAGCCUUCCACUCAAGCAGAGGAGGAAGGACAAGAAAGCCUUGGAGACUGUAAUGAAGAAUUGAUCUCCGUAUCCUACAAGGAGGACGAAAGACAAUCUCUAACCCUACGUGGAUCCUCGCUCCCUGCCCCCCACCAGGCUGCCAGUGAAAAGGCUCAUCAUGCCAAUUAUUCUAGACUUCCCACUCCUGUCAAACCACCGACCUCGAAUCUGUAUUCGCAUGAGAUCUACCAACAUGAAGCGAGACGGAGUGUGCUUUCCUCUUUGGGGGGCCCUCAUGCUGCUGGAAAACGGUAUGAGGGGGGGAAUCCGAAGUCUGGUUCAUCAGAGGAUAGUCCUGGAGUAUGCAGUCGAAGCAGCAGCAUGCAUGAUGGCAGUACCAGAGCAUCGGAGCAGAAACCAUCAGGCUUACCACUCCCGCAGCGAGGCCACAGCAGUGAGCGAGUCCAAACAAGAAAAACCAAUGUACUUCCGGCUUCAACGCGCGGCCAUGGUAGCAGCAAGCCAGACAAUGCUCGCAAGUCGCUUCCAGUGAUGGUUACCAGUCGACCAUCAAAUCGGGUAUUGAGCCGGAAGGAGGUGUCACAUAGCAGAGCCGAGAUGCAGGCAAAUGCAGACUCAAGCUCAAGCUCAGAUCCUUUGAGCACCCAUUCUGCAGAUGCGCCCCAAUCAUGCUCAGGAGAGCACCGGACAGACAGACAGCAGUUCUUGCGAUUGGUACAGAUUGAGGACAAUCUUGGUCUUGGCUUGCAAAUGCAGUCACGCGAUCAUCAUUCAGAUACAACGCCCACAUCAGAAGCAGAGUUGGCGAGAUCGAAUCUAAGGGCGCUGCCGAGGCGGGUUCGGUUAACGAAUAAAUUUGAGAACCUGCGGGCACAGAAUGCAGACAAAAAGGAGGAGAAGGAGGAGAAGCAGCCUGGAAACGCAGCAGUGCAGUCUUUCUUGAAAUUGAAUUGA